UAUCGUCCCACCUGGGAACCAACUCAAUCUGUGCUUAAUCAGUUAAUCUGUGGCGAGACACUACAAUCUAUGAGCCCGAAUAGCCUCAAGCCAGGGUCUGCAGAAUGUCCAUUAGCAGCCGCUCGGCUCGCAGCAGCCGUUUGGCCUGCAGUGAAUGGUAUCAGAACCGUGAACCUCCAUCCCACCAGCUGGAGGUGGCUACGAGCGCGCAAUGCCUAAUGCUACCUGGCUCGAGCCUGGGCAUGCAGCUCGAGAGCACAGAUGCUCUCGGCCUAGAAGCGGUGAUCAUUUUGUCCAAUGCGCUCAACUCUGCAGAAGGCUAUGCAGAUGCACCUUGUGGUCUGCGCAGGGUGCCGGCAUGCUCCCGUGCCCAAGAAUCGGGAGCACCUGGUUGUUUCCCCUGCCAGCCCAGAGGCGUCCAUGCGUCCUAGCGGUGAUAGUUGCGUGGAGCGGAUCGGCGAAAGGAAUCGGGGUGCGUUAACAUCUCUCAGAUGCGGGCGGUGUUGCCCUGAGGAAUGCGGAGGGCAUGAGGGGUUUCGAAGCGGACGGCUGCUGGCCGUUUGUGCGUGCCGAGAGAUCUAGACUAUCGGAUCUGGAUCCUAUUCAUCGAUUCCCUCGACAUACAUCGUCAUCGUCACAACCUUCUUCUGAGAUAUGAGGUCACUCUGCUACCUGGGUCGAUUGGAGUCAGUGCUGCUGUGGUACACUGUGAAGAGUGCCGUCGGGGUUGAGUUUGGAAUGCUGAGGGCACAGAAAGAACGGGAAACCCCAGUAUAAGAUACCUGAGUGUAGGUAGGGGUGCAGUUACACGUAGAUGAAAUCGACCAGGGGGGGGAUAAAGGGGCCUUGG